AUGAAGUUCGCAAAGGAACUCGAGCAAGACCUUGUACCAGAAUGGCGCAUCAAGUACCUUAACUACAAGGCCGGCAAGAAGUAUGUAAAGGCCGUGUCGCGCGCCAUCAAUCGCGCCAACGGUAGCCCCUCGAACAACGUCAACAAGGCCGAGAACCGCAUCUCCGCCAACCUCUUUUCCGCCCACUCGCCCUUCCACAGUCAGAAAUAUGGCCACUCCAAAGGCGCGAACCACCCCAAUGAGCGCACCUCGUUGCGCGAAGGCUCGGCCCCAGUCGGCUCGGCGUAUCAGAAGCCAACGACACCGGCACGAGCGAUCCCCGCGGCGGCGCACAACGAGCGACAAGGCCGCAACGAUGGGUCAAGCGACAUGCAAUACGGGAGCUUCAUACCUACACCGCCUCAGCAGGAGAGCGUAAACCCUUUGAAACGGAAGACGACCUUUGAGCUACCCGGGCCGGCCAUACAUGCGCCGUCACAUCAUAGUGGUCCCAGUCCGCAGGCAGACUCCAUGCCAGAGGUGCUGCCGACACGCCAGGCCCUCCCGAGAAGCGCGUCCAUGAUCGCGGAUGAACCUGGAACGGUUGGGACACCUGCCACCGAGCACGAACGCACCCCGUCAUCUCUACGACUACCUCACCCGGCGACCGUUGGACCCGGAUACAAUGCCUCGCCGCGGGGUGGGCUCCGCCGACUGUUCUCGACGCCCCUAAAUCGAGUGGGGACAAAUUCGGAAUAUGGUCUCCAGGGAAUGGCCUUGGAUACUGUGAGACAAAAAGAAAAGGAAUUUUUUGAGUUUCUGGACUCGGAGCUGGAAAAGGUUGAGGCAUUCUACAAGAUGAAGGAGGACCAGGCCGGUGAGCGUCUUGCCCUUCUCAAGGAACAGCUGCAUGAGAUGAGGAACCGGCGCACCCAGGAGCUGCACGCCCAGAAGCGUCAGGCCGAAAUCGACUUCCUGAACGGAGGCAACGGCGACCGCGACGGCCUCCAGAAGGGACCACUCGGUUGGAUUGAUCCCGUCAAGUCAAAAAUCUUCCGCCCGGGGCCGAACUCUCGGGCUCUUUCGAAAAUGACACAGACACCCGUCAUGCGUCCUGCCGAAGGCGGUGACGCGACUCGCGAUUACAUCCGAAGGCCCCACGAACAUGACGUCCCGUACCGCACCGCCAAGCGGAAGCUGAAGCUCGCCCUGCAGGAGUUCUACCGCGGCCUUGAGCUGCUCAAGUCCUAUGCCCUUCUGAACCGGACGGCGUUCCGGAAGCUGAACAAGAAGUACGACAAGGCCGUCAAUGCCCGGCCGCCGUACCGCUAUAUGAACGAGAAGGUCAACAAGUCGUGGUUCGUAACCAGCGAUGCCGUCGAUGGACACAUCAAGGCUGUGGAAGAUCUCUACGCUCGUUACUUUGAGCGCGGAAACCACAAGAUUGCGGCUGGAAAGCUGCGAAGUCUGAGUCGGAGACCCGGCGACGAGUCCGGCAGCGCCUUUCGGUGUGGAAUACUGCUGGGUACUGGGCUGGUGUUUGCCAUCCAGGGAGCGGUCUUUGGCGGGCAGCUUCUUUUUGACAAAGAUCCAGAGGUUCGAUCGCGGACGAGCUACCUCCUGCAGAUCUACGGAGGCUACUUCUUGAUGCUCCUGCUGUUCUGCAUGUUCUGCAUCAACUGCGCCAUCUGGACGCGGAACAAAAUCAACUACCCCUUUAUCUUCGAGUUCGAUACCCGUAACAAUCUGGACUGGCGACAGCUCGCCGAGUUUCCUAGCUUGUUCACAUUCAUAUUCGGUGUUUUCAUUUGGCUCAACUUCAGCGAGUAUGGAACCAAUGAGGUGUACGAAUACUACCCCGUAGCCCUCAUAGCUCUAUCGGCCUUCAUUAUCUUCUUGCCCGCACCGAUAUUCAUGGCGAGGAGUCGAAGGUGGUUCGCAUAUGCUCAUUGGCGUCUCCUGCUUGCCGGCCUGUAUCCGGUCGAGUUCCGAGACUUCUUCCUCGGCGAUAUCUACUGCUCCCUAACAUAUGCCAUGUGUAAUAUCGAGCUGUUCUUUUGCAUAUACGCCAAUGCCUGGGAUAAUCCGGUGCAGUGCAACUCGAACCAUUCCCGGCUCCUCGGUUUCCUGGGCACCCUGCCUCCCAUCUGGCGCUUCCUACAAUGCCUGCGCCGUUACAGAGACACCAGGAACAUCUUCCCUCACCUGGUAAACGGCGGCAAGUACACGAUGUCCAUCCUGGCCGCCAUGUCGCUCUCCAUGUACCGCAUCAAUAACACGCACGGCCAACUGGCCAUGUUCGUUACCUUUUCCACCAUCAACGCCAUCUACACCUCCAUCUGGGACCUGUUCAUGGACUUCUCCCUCCUCCAGCCGCACAGCCGGCACCGGCUCCUCCGCGACAUCACCGGCCUCAAGAAGCGCUGGCCGUACUACUUCAUCAUGGUGGCCGACCCGAUCUUGCGCUUCGCCUGGAUCUUUUACGCAAUCUUCACCCACGACGCGCAGCAUUCCACCAUCGUCUCCUUCCUCGUCGCCCUGGCUGAAGUCACGCGCCGCGGCAUGUGGACUCUCUUCCGCGUCGAGAACGAGCACUGCGCCAACGUCGCGCAGUACAAGGCCUCGCGCGACGUGCCGCUGCCCUACAACAUCGAGCCGCUCGUCUCGCACCACUCGUCUGACAUCGCCGAGGACGGUGUCAAGGACAGCAACAUCGCCCAGACGACGGGCGACGCGAGGCCCGACGCUUCGAAUGCAAGCGGUGCCACGACGGCCCGGCCGACAGAGCAGAGGAUGGAGGAGGGUACCCUGCGACACAGGAAGAUGAGCGGCAUCUUGACGAUGCAACGGAGCUUCUCCAAGAUCAUCGCCGAGGCGCACAGACAGGACUUUGAGAAGAGGAGGAAGCCGAUGGAUGCGGAUACCGAGCAGUUGGAGGAGGCCGGCGGCAUGGCGAGCGACGACGACGGCUCGGAAUCGGAGGACGAGCAUGACGAAGUCCAGUCGGUCGCGUCGGACGAGAACUCGGUGGAGAUUCGCCAGGCGGGCAGUCUGGUGCAUGACCACGGGGAUCGGAGGCCGAUGCACCAGUAA